AUGACCAGCUGGGACUUUGCCAUCCUGCUCCAGAGUGGUGUGUCGGUGCGCAGGGCGCUGAUGCUGAACGUGGGCUGUGCCAUGACAUCGUUCGGGGGGCUGUACCUCGCCCUCUCCAUAGCAACCGACGCCGCCACCAAGCAGUGGAUUGCCGCGGUUACCACCGCGAUGUUCCUCUAUGUGGGAUUGGCUGAUAUGCUCCCCACCAUGGUCCAUGUGGACAGCCGUCACCCCUGGCUGAUGUUCUUCCUGCAGAACGUUGGACUGCUGACCGGCUGGAGCAUACUGCUACUGCUGUCUCUCUACGAAGACUGCAUACACUUCUAACACACACACACACACACUCCUCGCACACACACACACAUGCUCUGGAAACUGUUCUCUUCUGCAUAUGUAGCCAAUAUACUAGUUGUCCAGAUUAAUAUAAUAAACUCCCAUCAGUUUUAAUUCUGUGUUGUAAAACAGAUAACUGAUGUGAUGUACCUGAUAGCAGAGAUGUGACUCCAGUCUGUCAAACCUCCAAGAUGAACACCUUCAUUAUGCUGCUUCUGUGUCUGCCUCAUUGCACCAAUAAAGGGCAAAAU